UUCAUACCAUAAAAGCAUUCAGAAAGAUUUGUUUUUCGCAAUAGUAGCUGCACCUCAACCCUCAGCAUGGGUCUGUUAAUCAAAAUAUUAGUAGCUUUAACUGGGAUCUUAUUGGCAAUUUACUUUUAUUCCGGAAAGGAUGAAUUUGAACCAGCCAUGUUGAAGGGCAAGAGGGUGAUAGUGACAGGAGCCAGCUCAGGCAUCGGGGAGCAGAUGGCAUAUCACUUGGCACAGAUGGGAUCACACAUACUCAUAACAGCAAGAACAGAAGCAAAACUCAAAAAGGUGAUUGAAAAGUGCACUCAGCUCGGAGCGGCUUCUGCCUACUAUAUCCCAGGAAGUAUGGAUAACAUGACAUUUGCUAAGUCCGUAGUACAGGAAGCUGAACGAUUAUUUGGUGGUCUAGAUAUGCUCAUUUUGAACCAUAUUGGUUACACAUACUUUGGUUACUUUGAUGGGGACGUGGACCAUGUGAGGAAUCUUCUCGAGAUCAAUGUAUUGAGUUAUGCCACAAUGACUGUGGAAGCUCUACCAAUGCUGAAGAAGAGCCAUGGGAAUGUGGUUGUUGUCUCAUCCUUUGCAGGUAAGGUUGGCUUGCCUCUCACUGUGCCAUAUUCAACCACUAAGUUUGCACUGGAUGGCUUUUUCAGCUCUUUGCGCAUGGAAUUUAAACAGCUGAAAAACAACGUUUCUAUCACACUGUGCGUUAUCAGUUAUAUUGACACAGACUCCGCUAUAAAUACAGUAGGGGAAGUGAUCCAGCAACCAGCUGCUCCAAAGGAAGAAUGUGCAUUGGAGAUAAUUAAAGGGGGAGCCCUCCGUAAAAAAGAGGUUUAUUACCAAUAUCAAGCUACCAAAAUCCCACUUCUUCUCAGAGACUGGGCUCCAGAUUUAUUGGAAUAUCUUCUCUUAAAAAAUUAUGAUGUGGAGAAACUUAAGAAGAAAGAAUGAAUUUGGAGCCUGAAACAGAAGUCAUAAAGAAAGAAUAAAAAAAGGAAUUAAAGGGCAAGAAUUAAAGGGAUGUAAAACCAAAAACUUUUUAUUUGUGAUUCAGACAGAACUUAAAAUUAAAAAAAAAAAUUUCUCCUUUACUUCUAUUAUCAAAUUUGCUUAGUUCUUAUGGUAUUCUUUGUUGAAGAGAUACCUAGGUAGGUGUCUGGAGUACUACAUGGCAGGAAAUAGCGCUGCCAUAUAGUGCUCUUGCAUAUGAAUAAUAUUUUUGCUGAGCUCCCGUCCCUGCUUUUCAACAUAAUAUACCAAGAGAAUGAAGAAAAUUUGAUAAUAGAAGUAAAGGAGACCAUUGUUUAAAAUUGCCUGCUCUAUCUGAAUCAUAAAAGAAAGAAAACAAAAUUUUUGGUUUCAUAUCCCUUUAACAGGACACUGUACUCAAAAAAUGUAUAUCCGGCAUAUGAAAGACCAGCAUUGACAAUUUAUAUAUAUAUAUAUAUAAUAUGUUAUAUUUCUCAAGUGAUCAAGUGUCUAUGCACAUGAAAGCUUGAAGCUUCGGUCUCCCUGUGCUACGAUUACCGCUUUUAUUUGUACCUGAUACGUUUUUCAUUUUUCAUAUUUGUCAUGCACUAUAAAUAAAGGAGAUUUCUUAUUUUA